UCGUCACACUUUCAUUUUAUAAACGCCCACCGACCACGCAAGCCCUUUUUCUUGUAGUCUGCGACUCGCCCAUCAAAGCCUCUGGAGGAUAUUCAAUUCGGUUUCGAUAAACCUCCUGUCCAUUCCUUUCAGUCGCAUCUACAAAGCUUAGUCUUAGCCGGUCUUCGUCACUGCCUCGUAUAAAUCGUCGAUUGCGCCUGUGGCUGCAUCACAUUAUCACAUUCUCUCGCUUCAGCAAAGUCUGAAGAUAUAGACACCUAGGGUCAAUACCUCUCUCCAAAAAUACACACUCAGAACUCCUAUUCAGUUUCUCAAUAUGAAGACUGCCACUCUUUCACUCGCGGCCAUCUCGCUGCUCCAGCUUGCUGUCGCUCAACCUCACAGACGCCAUGCCCACGAGGCUUUCCAUGCCAAGAAGGAUGUGACUGUCCGCGAUAACUCUAACGUUGCCCACGUGAUUGUCUACGUUGAUCAAAACGGCACCCCUGUCUCCACCACCACUAAGCUGCCUGCCGCUCAGACUGAGGCCCUCGCCGCCCCAGCUGCGCCAUCCCCAACUCCCGAGGCAGUUGCACCAGUCGUGGCCGACAAGGUAGCUGACACAAACGCAUCGUCGGCAUCGUCGGCAUCGUCGGCAUCAUCUGAUAGCUCUCCAUCCCCCUCUGCGUCGUCCGGCGCAUCUGAGCCAUCCGCUGCUGGUUACGGUCUCACAUACAACCCAUACAACAACGAUGGCACCUGCAAGACCGCCGACCAGGUCCUGACGGACUUCGGUGGAUUUGGAAGCGGUUACUCUACCGUCCGCACAUACGGCACUGACUGCAAUGCCGUCUCCUCCGUGGUCGCUGCUGCCAAGGCCCACGGCAUGAAGGUUUUCCAGGGCAUCUUCGAUAUCUCUAAUAUCUCUGGAGCUGUCCAUGACAUUGUCUCCGCUGUCAACGGCGACUGGUCGAUCAUCCACACCAUCUCCGUCGGUAACGAGCUUGUCAACAGUGGCCAGUCUUCUGCCUCCGCCGUCGUUGCCGCCAUGAGCUCUGCUCGCUCGCUCCUCAGAGCCGCCGGAUACAACGGACCCGUCGUCACCUGCGACACUCUCGUCGCCACGCUCGCCAACCCAAGCCUGUGCGACAACGCCGACUACUGCGCCGUCAACAGCCACCCCUUCUUCGACCCUAACACCAAUGCCGCCAGCGCCGGAAGCUUCUUGACCAGGUCGAUUGAGAGCCUCAAGUCCAAGCUCGCGGACAGCAGCCAGACCAUUGUCAUCACCGAGACCGGCUGGCCAUCCCAGGGAACCGCCAACGGCCUUGCCAUCCCGUCGUCGUCGAACCAGGAGACCGCCAUCGCCGCUAUUAAGUCGGCGUUCCAAUCGGUCCCAUCUGGUGUCAUGCUCUUCAGCCCUUACAACAUGAUGUGGAAGACCAGCUCUGCUGUUCAGUUUGGGGCUGAGCAGUGGUGGGGUUUCCUCGGCGAGUGCCCAUCUGGCUAGAUUCGCACUCCCGUCCCUGUUGCGGGGUUCAUGGAAUCGAUCUUGGGGCUGUGUGGUGUGUUCUUAAGUCGCUUUUUUGGAAAGUUGAUGGAAAGAGUAUACAUGAUCCUGUUAUCUUCCUACCCUUUGCGGUAGAGAUAGAUAGACGUUCCUAGAAUUCUUAUUCUUGACCUUCUUUCGUUGUUUGUUUUUUCUGCUUCGUUGUAGGCGAAACAAACGUUCACUUCUAUGUAUAUACCUAUUGUGCGUGCACGGAGGGCUGUUGGUGGGUGGCUUGAAAGUUAAAAGGAAUCUAUUUACGAAAAUAAAUGAAAAUAAAAUGUAUGAUUCCAAAA